AGGAGGAGCUCAGAGGGAGCAGCUGUAUUGCCUCAGAAAGAUGGAGAGAGUGAUCGUAGCGAUGCAGGAUCCUGACAUGGGGAUGAAGAUGAGAAACCAGAGACUCCUCAUCACCGUUAUACCACACGCCAUGACCGGUAAUGAUGUCAUUGGGUGGCUGAUUCAGAAAUACAACAUAACAGAGGAAGAGGCGGGCCACCUGGGAGGACUCCUGGUGCAGUAUGGGUACAUCUAUCCUCUGAAGGAGCCGCGCUCUCUACUACUGCGAUCUGAUGACUCUCCUUACCGCUUCCAGGCUCCAUAUUUCUGGACCAGUAGCCGUUGGCCUGCCUCAGAGCUGGACUAUGCGAUCUAUCUGGCGAAGAAGAACAUCAGGAAACAGGGAGAGUUGGUGGACUAUGAGAAGGAGAACUACAGCAUCCUGCACAAGAGGAUUAACCACACCUGGGACUUUGUAGUGAUGCAGGCUAGGGAACAGCUCAGAGCCUCUAAGCAGAGAAAGAAGUCUGACCGUAUUGUUCUGGAGUGUCAGGAACAAGCCUACUGGCUGAUCAACAAACCAUGUCCAGGGGCGUUUGACGUGUUGGAUCUAGGACCUGAGAGAUGCAACGUCCUCAGCUCCCGAGUCACACUGAACGCUGAGCACUACAAGAGAGAGAUUGAACACAGUAGAAGAGCUCUGGGGAGAAACCGUGUCAAGUCCUCGAUCUGUCUUGAGAGCUUCAUGAAGUACAGUGAGCAGUACCUCCACCAUGACCCCAUCAUGUUAGGCUGUCUCCCUAGCAACCCCUGGAUAUCUGACGACACCUCACACUGGACCAUCAACACUGACAUGGUGGAAACUCCAACGAGGCUGAGAGUGGAGCGCUGGAGUUUCAGCUUCAUGGAACUUCUGAACGACUCGAUAGGAAGAAGAGAGUUUAUGAUCUACCUGGAGAAAGAAUUCAGUGCGGAGAACCUGUGUUUCUGGGUGGCCUGUGAGGACCUGAGACAUGGCGAGAGCUCCAAGAUCAUCCUGAAAGUAGAGGAGGUUUACAAGACCUUCCUGGCCCCGGGGGCAGCUCGCUGGGUGAACAUUGACAGUAAGACCAUGGAGAGAACGCUGGAGGGAUUCAAACAUCCUCAUCGCUUCGUUAUGGAUGACGCCAAGAUGCACAUCUACUUCCUCAUGAAGAAGGACUCCUAUCCCAGAUAUCUGAAGUCCGAGCUGUAUAAGAACAUGCUGGCCAAAGCCAUCGUUCCCCUGGAGACCAAGAAGAGUGUAUUUCCCUUCAUGAGGCGCCAGCAUCACUCUAGCCCCUCUCCUGCCAUGGUUACCCAAGCAACAGAAGAUGAUGGAAAGGCUAAAGGGGCGGGACCAACAGGAAUAAGCUUUGCAACCAACUCUCAGGUCUAAUCGCCAUGGUAACACCACAACCACCACGUCCAUAACAACCAGAUCUGGUCACCAUUGUAUCACUAUAGCAACCAUUCAAGACCCUGUAUCUACUUUUAGAAGUAAUAAUAUUGUCUAGUAGUUCUAUCUAUAAAUAUAGAACUAUGGGUAUAGUUUAUAGAGACAAUCUGAAACAUUUCCAAUAUUCAAUUAAUGUAGAUUUAAGGCCAGUUUAUACUUGGUCUAAUGACAUGUCUUGUCGCUGAAGUGUCGCUGACCUUCAAUUUAUACUCCUGUGGAAUGUCUGUAGACCGUCGUUGCGACUGUCAGUUUCCUUGUUGCAGAGACAUGAAAAAAGUUUACGUUUCUGUGACUGUCGCAACGUCCGUUGUCGUGGUUACCGAACUGCCACAGCAACUAGACCAAAUCCUCCUGUGACAAGACGAUGCAGGAGUUCAAAAUCCUCCGAUAGAACGACCUAGUUUUAUUUUGUCACCCUGUGGCAGUCAGCUAUUUUCUGUAAGCUCGCAAUUAACUUGUAAAUAAGGAUGUUGUGGGUUUAUUUUCCUGUAAUAAUGAAUAAAAAGUAAAGUAGUUAAAGUCAAGACGUUGUCAGCUAUACUCCGGUCAUUAUUUGAACUGGCUAACUAGCCAGCAACGAACCAAAACAUUGUUUAGAAUGUUUGACAUUUACUGAAUUCAUUUUUAAAUGGAUGGGUUUAUUGGUGUUAAAAUAGAGAAAGUAUACUACUUGGAGCACCGGGCUGAUGAUGUCAUGCAAAGGCUGUCGUUUUGAGCUUAUACUUUUUCAGAAUGAAAACCACAAGUUUGAUGUCGGAUGACAAUUGUUGAUAUGUCGAUAGACAGAGUGUAAACCAGCCUUUAGACGACCCCUUAAUUUAGAACAAUAUGACUGAUGAACACCUCAAACAGUUAUAGGGGUUCAUCAGUCAACUGUCAUAUCUUAUCAUAAUAACUGACAUACCUUAUCAUAAUAACCGACAUACCUUAUCAAAAUAACUGGCAUACCUUAUCAUGAUAACUGUCAUUCCUUAUCAUAAUAACUAGCAUUCCUUAUCAUAAUACCUAUCAUACCUGAUCAUAAUAUCUUUCGUACCUUAUCAUAAUAACUUUUAUACCUUAUCAUAAUAACUGAAAUACGGUA